GGCAGGAGCCAAUGGACGUGCCAAUGGGUUAGCUGCUAUGGAAUUAAAUUGAUUGCCAAAUUACUACUGCUCGUCAGAUCCAUCCGGUCGCGACCCCGGGCUACUGCGGGGAUGAAGAUAAGAAAAACACCAAAAUGGAAUGGUAGAUGUGAAAACGUGAUCCUUGUAUGUACUUCUCCUCCUGUGUGUGUGGAAGGAAAUCAAAAUGGAAUGUAAGCAACGGGAAUGAUGAAAUAUAUGAAAUAGUUUACUGAGCCCACGGCAAUAUUCCAUAGUGCUUGGUUUCCGUUUAUUUCUCAGUUUUAAUAAAAUGACGUCAAAGAGACUGCCAGUGGCUGACACACAGCAAUGUCACUCUCUUUAGCGAAAACCAUUAAUGCCACACACAACUCUAAGUAUGCGCUCUGCGUGCCUCGCAUAAACCAGCAAUGAAUCUGAAAAACGAAAGCGGCGUUCCCGGGAGUGGGGUGAAUCCUUCGCGAACGCAGGACCUUGAGCGUUGGAGUAACAUGGGCCAGUCCCCGCUGCUGACGAGACGACUGGAGUACGACGAGCCCACGUCGGAUGUUUGGUCUACCAAGCAGAUUGCCGGGGUGGCAAUAGGCAUGUUACUGGCCACGGGAAUCGCCACUGUGUGCGUGGUGUCAGCUGUAUACGCCUUACUUGGGACAAAACACAAAAAGGUUCAAACCAAGAAGCCAAAAAAGUAUUCCUGCGCGGGAGAACAGUACAGGACCAACUACUACAGGUACUCCACCAUUCACGGAGCCGGGCAGACGCUAGCCGUGGUACAAGAGGUUGUGGCGUCCGAAGAUCAAGACAUGCCAAACGUGGACAUCAUGGAGAUGAAACCGCUGCAAAACUACCAAACCAAGUCAACAACUGUCAUGGCGGACUGCAGCGUUCAUGUGUAUGAAAAACCCAAANUAAGCAAUGGUGGUGGUGGUGUUUAA